CGGUGUUAAUUGCUGUUGGGCUUUGGAACCCGGCGGUGGUGGUGCACGAGUCAGGCACGAAAUGCUGAAGCGGCGGCAGUGGCUGACUUUCCAAGCACUGCGCCUUGCGGCCUAUCAGAUACAAGACAUUGUAUGCACGGCACCGUGAAUGUGAACCCAGUCCAGUCCAGCAAUCAUACUAGUUUCCUUUUGAACUUGCAAGAUUGAAAUCGUUGUGUCGAUGCACCUCCAGUGUAUUCAGCACACACACACACAUAUGUUGGAGUGGUAUGAUCAACUUCCGUCCUACCCCUUGGUGGCUGUCCUUGCAUUUUCACUCACCCCUCUCUUCCCUUCGAUUUAUGCUUUCUUAUGGCUUUGCAAGAAGGUUCAUACUAUGUGCUUCCUGUUUCCUUCCUGUUUUCGGGAAUUUCCAUACCCCAACCAACAUCCGUGCUUUGUUUCUGGUCCGCUCGCCCAGACUGACAAGUCGUUGAUGAAACAUCAAUUACUCACCCCAGUGGCCGACUGCAGGUCGUGCGCACCGUUUGCUGUCGGUUCGAAAGGGCAGCCUUGCGGCAGUUGCACGGCGAUCCUCUCGACCUACCAGCCGCCAGUCCAGUCAUAAUCGAUCGAUCGAUUUCUUGAUCAAUCAUGCUGCGCUACUCUGCUCAAGCUCGGUCACUAGACCUGUGGCCCGGUGAGGAGGAGGUCCCCGCAGCGAGAUAACUGUUGCUCCUAGACUGGGGCCAUGUG